AUGAUGAGCUCAAGCUAUUGGAGUGAGACCAGCAGCAGCAGCUGUGGGACUCAGCAACCCCUAGAGGUGCUGCAGUGCCAGCCCCAGCAUUACCACUGCUACCACCAGUCAAGCCAACCUCAGCAGCCUCCAGAAAAAAAUGUAGUAUACGAGCGAGUGAGGACCUACAGUGGGCCCAUGAACAAGGUGGUGCAGGCCUUGGACCCCAUCGGCUCUCGAGAAGUGCUCUCCCCUCUCAAAGCUGCCUCCUCCUACCAAAACUUGGUUUGGAGCGACCAUUCCCAGGAACUCCAUUCACCAACUUUGAAAAUUUCUACUUGUGCCCCAAGCACACUACAUAUAACCCAAAAUACUGAACAGGAACUCCAUUCUCCAACAAUGAAAGUUACUACAUACCCACAGACCACUAUUAGAAGAUAUAUAGUACAAAAUCCUGAACAGGAACCCCUGUCGCCAUUCCUAAGAGGGGGCCAUUUCUUCCCAGGAAACAAUGUUAUUUAUGAAAAAACAAUAAGAAAAGUAGAGAAGCUGAAUACAGACCAGGAAUAUUAUCCUCAAGUUCAAUGCCAUCAUCACAUUGUACAACAGCCCCAGAUCAUCCACUCUCCACAAUGCCAACAGUCCCAUUCUAGCCAACAAAUACAAACUAUCACAGGAAGUGAUUCGAUUUCUACAAACACAAGAGAUGAAUUGUGCCAUGGUGGAUCAAGCCAGUUACAUGAACAGGUGAUAAUUCAGGAUGAUGGCCCAGAGAAAUUGGACCCCAAAUAUUUUGGAGAGUUGCUUGCUGAUCUAAGUCGUAAGAAUACGGAUCUGUAUCACUGCUUGUUAGAACAUUUGCAGAGAAUUGGAGGAAGCAAGCAGGACAUUGAAUCUACAGAUGAGUCAGAAGAUAUUGAGUCGUUGAUUCCUAAAGGAUUGUCAGAAUUUACAAAACAACAAAUUCGCUAUAUUCUUCAGAUGAGGGGUAUGUCUGACAAGUCACUCCGGCUAGUGCUGUCUACCUUCAGUAACAUACGAGAGGAACUCGGACAUCUUCAAAAUGACUUGACAUCACUGGAAAACGACAAGAUACGACUUGAGAAAGACCUGGCAUUCAAAGAAACUCAAAUAAAAGAGUAUGAAGAACUCUUGGCAUCAGUGAGAGCAAAUAAUCGCCAGCAACAACAAGGGCUUCAAGACUCAAACUCAAAAUGUCAGUCAUUGGAAGAAAAUAAUCUCUCUCUCCGACAUACACUUUCAGACAUGGAAUAUAGACUAAAAGAACUGGAAUAUUGUAAACGUAAUUUAGAGCAGGAGAAUAAAAACCUUAGAAUACAGGUUUCUGAGACUUGCACAGGCCCUAUGCUGCAGGCUAAAAUGGAUGAGAUUGGCAGCCAUUAUAUGGAGAUGGUAAAAAAUUUGAGACUGGAAAAAGAUAGAGAGAUCUGCAAGCUAAGGUCACAAUUAAACCAGUACCAAAAAGAUGUUUCGAGAAGAGAAGGAAGUUGUAGUGACUUCCAAUUCAAGCUUCAUGAACUGACAAGCUUGCUUGAAGAGAAAGAUUCUCUGAUAAAGCGUCAGUCAGAGGAACUCUCGAAAUUGAGACAAGAAAUAUAUUCAUCUCACAACCAAACCUCCAGUAGUGGAAGGACUACCAUUACCACUAAAAAGUACAGAACACAAUAUCCAAUCCUGGGGCUCCUGUAUGAUGACUAUGAAUAUAUACCACCAGGUAGUGACACACAGACUAUUGUGAUUGAGAAAACAGAAGACAAAUGGACUUGUGUAAGUUUACUUGGGCAUUUCUAG